AUGGAGACAGGAAUGGGUCAAUGUGGCACCUCCCAGCCUGCAGAGGCGACGCAGAAGAACGACAUCUGGGACGUCGAGUUGCCCUUUGGCAUGCCUAAGGAAACCAAGCUGCUCCCAGCCCACAGUCAGGAGCUUCUGCGCGCGGCUCGCUCUGGCCGACUCUAUAAGCGACCUGCCCCGACCGAUGACGACGAUGAAAACAACGACAUCGACAAUAUCAAAGGCGACAAGAAGGAGAGCGACGCGGCUGCGGAAGGGUUCACAGUCAAGAUGUGGAAGCAGACACCGCGAAACAUCGAAGGGCCUGCUGAAUCGCAUCUGGCCAAGCGCCAUAAGAACACGGUCACAUUACCACCAAAGUCAACACUGGUACACAUAGCUCAGGGGCCUACGGUCACCAGAGCAAAAGUCCGACGUAUAGAUGCUGCCGGCAACCCCUACGAGCAGACUAUCACCUUGGCCGAGGGACAACAGGUUGAUGGCGAGAUCAUAUCAAAAACAGUGGUGCCGGCGCCAGUCGUCGCGGCCCAGGAAGCUGCAGCGCAGGCUGCGCCGCCUGCACCUGUCCGGAGAAGGCCUCCUCCACCCAAGCGGAAGGCCAAGGGUCCCGGCCGAGGUCGCAAGAAGGGCAAGUUGCCAAUCCCAACAACAACACGGCCAGGGCCGACCACGGCAGAGGCGGGUAAUGCACAGGUCAAGGUCGAGGGUACUCCACUGAACGGUAUCAAACAAGAAGAAGCCGGUGACAGUGCGAACCAAGACAGUGAGAUGGCCGAUUCUUCACAUAUUCCUUCCGAUGAUGACGACGGCGACGACGGUGAUGAAGGGGAGGAGGAAGGUGAUGCCGACGAAAGCAUGGUCGAAGGCGAGACCCCGGGUGUCGAUAACAGUCUCAGUCAGGACCAAGACCAGGAGAUGACUGAUGCAGGAGCGUCUGAAAUUAUUCGGCCCAGCUCAAUCGAAGAGCCAGAAGAAAAGGAUGCUUCCAAUGAGGAAGAUACUGCUGCCAGAUCGCGCCUCGGUAGCAGCCUUGCCCCGCCAACACUCGGGUCACUCGCUUCAACGAGACUUGAAGGGAGUCCGUUGAAACAUGUAAUGAUUCGAUCGCCCACCGAGCCGCCAGAGUCUAGGUCAGAUGUGCCCGGAGUUGACGGUUCCUUCUUCCCGUCUACAGAUGUAGACAUCGUCAAGACCGAAGUUACGUCUGUGGCGAAGGAGGUCGAUGCGGAAGGCAACUCUCUCAGUGCCGCGUUGCUUUCCGAAACGGUGGUAGAGGCUGAGCAGUCCGCCGCAGAUGUCGGGGAUACAGCAAAUGACAACACCGCAAUGGAUAUCGAUACCGGUGUUGAGCAGCUACAACAACCCGCAGAAUCUGCUCCACCUGCCGAGGCCAAAGUUGAGGAUCUUGAGGCUGCACUUAGCUUGCCUGGGUUGCGACCAGACGCUCCAACGUCAGUUUUUGCGUCGACCACAUCCACCACGGCGGCAGCAACAGCAUCAGAAACAACCAUCGCGACCACAGAAACAGCAUCAGCACUGGUAGAAUCCUCUCUUCCCGCAGACACAGCGAUGGACGAGGUAGAUGUACUCCAGGAGCAACUUGCCAAUGAUGCUGCGCCCGCGAUAGUAGAGCCUUUGCUCCAACCUCCAGACUCCCCGGCCCUGCUCCCCACUGCUACGACGGAAGAUGAAGAUGACGGGCUUAACUUGCUCGGCAGUCUCGAGAGGGAACUAGACCGUCAGGAGGAGGUGAGCCGCGCUGGUAGUGCCGCAAGCGCUACCAAUGCCGGUGCCGGUGCUGCUACCGAAACGGAGAGCAACGGCGGGGUAGAUAAAGAGAAAGACACCAGCACUAGCGAAGAAAAGCCACUGUCAAAGCUAGAGGCAGAGGCAGCUUCAGAGGAAGCGGGAGGCAUUACUGUCAAGCCAGAUGAAGUUGGUACCGAGACUACUGUUGAUGCCACUACCGAUGCCACCACUGCUCCCACUACUGCUACUACUGUCGGAGAGGAAGAAAAGCCGACAGAGGCCGCCGCAGUCACCCUAGCGGAGAAUAAGGAAGAGGGGUACCAGCAGGAGCAGGGACAAAAGAAGGAAGAAGGUUCUGCUUCCACUGCACCCAGUGCCGGUGGUGACAGUGUUCCAAAGGAAUCGGAACCAGCAGACCCAGUACAGCAGGUCGCUGAACCGUCGAACCAGGAGUAA